CUCCACUCUGACAUGGAUAAGGGUGACGGUCAGGUAAGGUAUGUCUUGAACGGUGAAGGAGCAAUGUCCAUCUUCACCAUCGAUGAGAAUACAGGAGACAUUCACGCCACCAAGAGGCUGGACCGGGAGCAGCAGGCAUACUACUCCUUGAGAGCUCAGGCUCGAGACCGAAAAACCAACAUGCCAGUGGAACCAGAGUCCCAGUUCAUCAUCAAAGUCCAGGACAUCAAUGACAAUGAGCCCAAGUUCCUGGACGGACCGUACACUGCUAGGGUGGCCGAGGGGUCUCCUGUAGGUGUGGUGCGGACGGCUCUUCCUGACAUGGACCGGGAGGUGCGGGAACGUUACCUGCUGGUCGUCCAGGCCAAAGACAUGAUUGGUCAGAUGGGAGGUCUCUCAGGAACCACCUCCGUCACGGUGAUACUGACCGACAUCAAUGACAACCCGCCUCGCUUCCCCCACAGUAACUACCAGUUCACAGUUCCAGAGUCUGUACUGGUGUCAGAUGUGGUUGCCAGGAUCAAAGCUCUGGAUCUGGAUGUUGGUCCGAAUGCUGAGAUGGACUACAGGAUCCUGAAUGGAGACGGACUGGGAACCUUCAGGAUCGUCACCGAUCCAAACACACAGGAAGGACUCCUCACUUUACAGAAGACUCUGGACUUUGAGACCAAGUCGAGCUACGUGUUGCACGUUGAGGCGUCCAAUCGUUACGUGGACACUCACUUCCUGUCAACGGGUCGGUUCAGCGACGUAGCGACGGUUCGUCUACUGGUGGAGAACGUGGAUGAGCCUCCGGUCUUCUCCUCCCCCGUUAGUCGGAUGGUGGUCUCUGAGGACGCUGCGGUAGGAACUGAUGUGGGAUCAGUUUCAGCUCACGACCCUGACGCCACCGACAACCCCGUCAGGUACUCGAUAGACAGGAAGUCGGACGUGGAGCGGUUCUUUAACAUCGACAGCAGCUCAGGUGUGAUCCGGACCGCCAGACGUCUGGACAGAGAGACCAUCGCUCUGCACAACAUCAGCGUCCUCGCCACAGACAGCUUGGAUCGGUCUCAGGUGGGGAAAGCUGUGCUUCUGAUCUCUGUGACGGACGUUAACGAUAACGCUCCGAGCUUCGCCAUGAAGUACGAAGCCUUUGUCUGUGAGAACGCAGAACCCGGACAGAUUAUUGAGACCCUGAGCGCUGUGGAUCGUGAUGAACCAGAGAACGGACAUCGUUUCCUGUUCUCUCUGCCCGCCGAGGCUUCUGGGAACUUCAGCUUCAUCCUGAGAGAUAAUAAAGACAACACGGCGUCUGUCCUGACUCGGCAGGGUGGUUUCCUGUGGCGGGAUCAGCCGGUUCACUUCCUGCCGGUGGUGAUUUCAGACGGCAGCAGUCCGUCUCUCAGCAGCACCAACUCGCUCUCCAUCACAGUCUGCGACUGCGACGCCCAUGGAAACCGCCGCUCCUGCAGCCGGGGAGCGGCGCUGCUGCUGGUCGGCCUCAGCUCCGCCGCCGCUGCCACGGUCCUCACCUGCAUCCUCGUACUACUGGGUGUCAUCGUGGUCGUAGCAGCUGUCAGACGCAGUAGGAGGGAGCCUCUGAUGAUGGACGACGAGCGGGACAUUCGUGAGAACAUCGUUCACUACGAUGAUGAAGGCGGCGGCGAGGAGGACACCGAGGCCUUCGACAUGUUCGCACUGAGACACCUGAACAAACCAAACCCACCCCGCCGAGACCCCGACAACAACCUGCCGGGACUCCUCGCCAAAACCCCGGAGUACAGGGCGGAAAGGAACAUGCUGUUCCAGGAGUUCAUCCGGAACAGGCUGCAGGAGGCAGAUGUGGACCUGACGGCGCCCCCCUAUGACUCUCUGCAGACCUACGCCUUUGAGGGCAACGGGUCCACUGCGGAGUCACUGAGCUCGUUAAACUCAUCAGAGUUUGAGCAGAAUUACAACUUCCCGACAGAGUGGGGGCCGAGGUUCAGGAAGCUCGCAGACCUGUACGGAACCAAAUCCUUCAGUGUUUCUGAACCAGAACCAGGAGAGUCUGACAGACAAAAGUUGCUGAUUAUUGGAUCCAGAUGUGUCAAGCAGCUGAUGUUUAAAGCCCUGUCGUAUGUGAAGUUCUGACCCACAUGGUUCUGACAGAUAAAAUAAAAUAACCACAGCAGGUUCAGAGCCGAGAAACAGAGGAACUGUCUAAGUUGGCUUUUAUAACCUGACGUGUUUGAUUCUUUCAGCUCGCUGCGUGGCGGCGUUUCCAUGUUAGAAGUCUCCGGCGCCGAAUAAGAGGUCGUUCAUCACAGUCAGUUAUUUAACACACUGAGAGGGUUUUGACCCGCUAAAGCUGCACCACUUCAGCAGAAAGCAGCCUAUCAGGCCGCCUACAGCACGGUGGUGUCAUUUUCCUGAGAGCUCAUUGGUCAGUAGAUGUUGAUCUCUGAUCUGGAACAGGUCAACCGCUCAGCAUCAGGUACCAUGGUGAACCAGCGUCGU